GGGUUAACAGGAGGAGGCGCAGCAGCGGUCAGCUCGUCUGGGUGGAGUAAAGUUUAGAUAAAAACUACUACAACAAAUUAGCCAAGAGGACUGCAUUAUGGCGGCGUGGAAAAUACCGAGAGAAUAGAAAGCAUCUUCCACACAAACUCCCGCUCGCUACAAAGACGUUAUAACGCCGGGCGGAGAUGGGUGGUGUGAGCGAAGACUCGUUGCUGGAUUAUUUCUACUCCACGGGAGGCAACUCAGGGAGAGUAAAAAAUGCAGAUUUACUGAAGACAUUUAAGCCCUUUAUUGGCCACAGUGACUUGCAGUUACGUGCUAAAUACAGAGAGGAAUUCAAGCUCAUCAUUGACCGAAUUGCUGUGGUGAAGUCAGAGAAUGGUGAGAAGUAUCUUGUCCUAAAGAAGAAAUACAGACAAAUGCUGCAUGAACGAGACACCAAGCAUCACGGGACCGACGGGGAUGGACAGAGCGGACGGAGUCCAACCAGAGCUCCGGCCACAGCACAGUGGGACACGACGGACGCCUCGGCUCCUUCUCAUCCACAACAGGAUGAGCAGAUGCCCUGUGGAGGGCCCGACGCUGCUGCUCAGGACCAGCGGACAGGAACAUCCUUCAUGCAGCCCGCUCCACUGCAACUUCCUGUCAUCCAAACCCAGGGACCCUCGGCACAAAGCAACGGGGACAAUGAGCUGGACAAAGAUUCAGGGUCAAAGUCCGAGUCAGAGCAAGACGAGGAGUCUACGGGCAGUAUGGGCUCUGCUGCCGUCGCUCUGGAGCCUAUAGAGAAAGAGUGGAUCUACUCGGCUGCAGGUGCUCGAGUCCCUGACCUCUCUCAGCUGCUCAGACAGGACCCCUCGCUGGCAAACAAGAAGGACUUCACCUCGGUGAUUACCGCUCUGCACUGGGCGGCCAAACAUGGCAACAAGGACAUGGCCUCUCUGGUGGCUAACGCAGGCGCUGAUGUCAACACCAAAUCACAUGGGGGAUAUACCCCUUUACACAUUGCAGCGUUACAUGGUCAUCGGCAUAUUCUAGACCUGCUCAUAGUGACAUAUGGGGCCAAAGAAAAUGUAAGGGACUACAGUGGCCAUCUUGCCUGCCAUUAUCUGAACAUCAAAGAACCAGAGGGUCCAGAGGAAGACUGCGAGCUGCAUUUUCACGUCACUCAGGCCCGAGAACGGAACAGGAACAGAAAGUUGGUGUCGCUGUUUCACUCCAAGAAGAAGUGGGGCUCAGCAGAGGAGCUGGCUCCGAUAGAGGAGGAGAGGACGGCGUCACAUCAGCUCCUCCUUCCUGCAUUCAGACUCAGAAAAUUCUCCCGUUGAGAAAAAUCAGACAAAGGAUAUGAUGUGUGCUCUCCUGCACAUCCACUUCAUCCUUACAUGCAUAUCUAUUUACAUACAUGAUGUAAACCUACAUGUUUAGAAGUGUGCAUACUUGUUAUGUACACAAACAUCAACACCGCUUACAGACACAAUCCCCCCCACCCACUUGCUGAUGCACCUACACAUUUCAUCCCAGUACUGAACACAGACGCUUUAACAGGGAAUAGGAGGUGUUGCAGAUGCUUAUAUGUGUAUUAUCAAUAUUUAUACUGACCAUUAAGUUUUUCUUGAAACCUUUCAAUUUGGAAAUGAAUGUUGCUAAAUGUCACUUAUGUCUUAAUAAGCUCGAGUCACCUGGCUCCUUUAAGCAUGCCAUCGCCUUAUGCGUUUGAGUGAGCAACAACUGGACUACAAAAGGGUUCAGAUCCACUUCCAGAGUCUCAGUGUAAAGAAUACAGUUGUACAUAUUCUGCUUUGAAAGAACCAGACUUAUGCUUUAAAAA